AUGUUCCGUGGAUACAAGGGAGGGCGUACGGCUCUAAUUGACUCAUCAUCCAAUAACCAAUGGUAUACAGACCACAGAAACGAAGCGGUCGUGGAACAAGACGACUCGGAUGACGAACCUGAUUUUCAACAUGACGAUGAUGAGGAGGAUUUCCCAAAGUUCCGUGACUGGACUGCUGAAACGCCUGCCAUGUCUCGGAAACUUGAUCAUCAUGUGGUGAAUGGUAGAGAUUUAUCCCCACGUUUACCUCCGAUCAGUAGUAUACCGCCCAGUUUCGAACCACCUGCUAGUAAUAAUUAUAAUGUAUCCUCAUCACCAUCGUUGGAUUUCGACACUGAACUCAGCCGUAGUCAAUCGCUCGUCGACUCUAAAACCCACCACCAGGAUCAUCAUAUUCAACCACCAGUUCGUAAAGUAGAGGCAUAUGCUAUCGCAGAUCAAUCACGCGCGUUUGGUAAUUAUAUACCAAAUAUGACGCCGACAUUCUCGGAUUUCGUUACGCAUGAUGAUCUGGAUGCGUUGCUGGCCUCCUUCCAAAAUACAACACCGGCAGUUGUGAAUGGAGAUAGUGGGAUUAGUAGUAAUACUAGUAGAUCGCCACGUAAUGGCGGAGGAACUAGUAGCAGUAGGUCACCACGUAACGGAAGGUCUCCUUUACAUUCGCCACGUAUCUCACCACGUAGCUCACCACGGGUCGGUCAUGUAUCGCCCAUGGAAUCGUUGCUGGCUCCUCCUCGAGCCAAGCCGACGUUUCAGUUUGCUACUAUAGAUGAUCUUCCAAAUGUAAAUGAGACGGUAGCUGUGGAAUCUAGUACUAGUGGACGACGAUAUGAUAGUGCUAUAAAUCUAUAUGGAAGUAGUGCUGAAUUAUCCACCUUCAAGAAAAGUAAUAGUCUGCUCGUCGAGAAUGUGGAAGACGAUGGUAUACUGGCAGAAAAGGCAGAGGAGGAAGCAGAGGAGAAACGACCUCUACUUGCUGACUUUAAGAGCCUUAAUGACUUAAUGAGUCGAGACAUGGAUGCGAUUGCUCCAGUCUCUGAAUCUGUUCCCGCUUCUGCUUCGCCAACCCUUGAUUUACCAGAAAAUCCCAGUCCCAGUGAACAACAACCAGGCAGACUGAAAAAAUCUCAAAAGAAGAAAAAGAAGAAGAAAUUUAAAGUCAGAAAGCCUAAAGCUGCUAAUAGUGGUAACCGAAAUGCUGGUGAAGCAGAUUCGGAUGGUGAUGAUGUCGAGGGACAAGAAGAGGAAGAGGGAGGUGAUGAGGAUGAUGAGGAAGGAGAUGCUAACAUGGAUAGUUUCGAACAGGAUGGACGACCUCCUAUAGCACGACAAGGACCAAGUCCAACAUCAUCUCAAAUACCUUUUAGUAGUAGUAGUAGUAAAAGUCCUAAAAGUAAUAAUAGGCCAUCAGCACCUAAUAGUAAAACACAGUCACCUCAUCAUCAACCCAAGAGUAAAUCACCACAUCACAUCGAUAUCCUGCCACCCGCCAACAUUAGCAAAUCAUCAUCAGCAUCUAGUAGUAAACCAUCUCAACAACACCAACCACACCAAUCACAACCUCCUUCGACUUUAAAAAUUCAGCACAAUCGACUCUCUAUUAAAGUACAUCCUGAUUCAAAAGACUCAGCACCGCCAUUAUCCGCACCACCAUCCACCGUCGCAAACAAUCUCCCUAUACCGACAAACACCAUCUUAUCAGCCAACGAUGUCGAGACGUGUGAAACCAUCUUGCUGACAACAUCAGAGCUGGUACCAUCAUCCUUGUAUGGUGUGAUUCUAGACACUUUAGUGAACAAACUAGGAUAUGAAGUCGAGUCUCUCUCACGACGGUGUGUGAGACCAUGGGCAUCUCAACCGAAAGAUCGACGUGACAUUGUUACGCGCGCAACAUUGGCUAUUGUAGUAUCUAGACGUAAUGAUACAAUCUCUGUCCCGUUGACUUUGGAGGCGGGACUGUCUGAAAUCCAUACUAGGUGUUUGGACGUCUUGAAUGAACCUGGAUUUAGUUAUAGUAGUAGUAAUAAUAACAGUACAUCAACAAAAGCCCUUCUUAAUUCCACUCCCUCGCAUAUAAUCUCAACCGCCCGAGCACCGAAACGUGACAAGACAAGGAAGGAUUUAGAUGUCCUGUCUGCUCUACUACCACCACCAUCACCACAGAAUCGAAUAGGUCAACAAAACGUGGUCAAUACGUGUAUUGAAGUGCCACAAAUAGUGUUUGUGAUGGCCCGAAUGCAUAUUGCCAUACCGCUAUUACGCAAACUGAUUGAACCAUCAAUACCUUCCUCGACUACGCGGCCACCAGUCUCAGCUUCAGGAGUACAAUAUGUAUCUAGUAAUAGGUUUGAGCUGCUGGGUAUUAAAUGCAUACCUUGUAUAACGCCUGCGCAUGCUAAACUACUGACACCUUUUGAGGUUCAUGAACGGCAAUGGGCUUCUAGUUUGGAAGUGUUGACUAGUAGUGGUGGAGGAAAUGGUGGUGAGCAGCGUUGGAUGGUGCUUGCUUUACGUCGAAUUGGAGCUUAUGAUUAUCUUGAAAAAAUUACAUCGUCAUUGAUUGAAUCGCAUAAACCGCCAGCUGGAAACAAUUUGAUCAAGACUAGUGCAGUGGUUGGGCUUUCUGACAAGGAUUUAGCUCGACUGUCGAUACUGAGCACUUCAUCUCCUGACAUGGCAUUACAAGCUCUGACCUCCUUCUUCCGUGAUGUGGAACUGCUACCAGGCGAUCCAUCGGAAUGGGAGGAUGUAGCAUGUCAUCCAAUUGAAUACUUUUCUCAUCCUGUCGUUCUUCAAAAUGUUACCCUUGCUGCUCCGUUACUGAUGAGUGCAGUUAUCAUGGACAAGAGAAUGUUUCCAUCACUUGGCAAAGUAUUAGCUCGCAUUCAACGUGAAGGAUUUGUCUUGACUGGUCUUAAACUGUGUCGAAUCAGCGCAAACAUGGCACAAAAGUUUGUUGCUAAUGCAGACGAUCAAGAACGAUUGACGCCUACUCAACGUGAUGACUUUAUGCGAAAAUUGACUGAUGGACCUGUCUUGUGUGGUUUGAUUUCUCGAGAAAAUGGUGUUAGAAAGUGGUUGGACGUUUUGGAUGAUGUAUAUCUGAAAUCAGGAGGUCUUCCACUACAAGUUGGAGAUGCUCUACCCGAUCCCAUGCCAUUUGGAUUGUAUGGAUCUCCCAGUUUCCGUGCUGCUCUGAAUCAAAAACAAGUCUUGUUCCCAGAAGGACCACCUGUGGAUGCUUUGAGUCAUAUUUGCAUGAAUCGCUAUAUGCGUAAAAUAGUUCCGAAAGCUCCAACGGAUCUACCACCACCUGGCCGAAAAUGUUAUUCAUUCCUGACUCCUCGAGGUCCGAAUGCAUCACCUUCUGGAGAAGCACAACUAUCAUGUGUGCUCCUGUUACCUGUCGAGACGACUUUUGAAAAGAUUUUGGCUCAAUGGGCCAAGAUUGUUGAUUGUAUUUUAGGCACAACGCCUCCUACAAGUGCGACGGCCACUAGUACUGCAUCUGGUGGUAGUAGUGCUGCUUCAUCUUCCCGGCCUCCUCGACCACAAGAAUCACAACAACAGCAACAGCAGCGUGGAAGGGCUUCAAGAGGAGGAGAACGUGAACGGGGUAGAAUACGUGAAACCAGUUCCAGUACUCGGGCUAGUGAUGAUACCGUACAAGACGAUGAUGAACAGCAGCAGCCUUUCAAAUUGAUUGCAUGUCGACUUGUCAUUGUGCGCGAAAACGUUGCUGAGGAAGUGGCCAAAUGGAGUGCGAUAUCGAAUGCUGAAUGGGGUGCGGUUGGUGCUGGUGUUCCUGUUGAGAUGACGAUGCGAAAUGGACCGACUCUCAUUCUGGCUCUUGAAAAAGAAGGUGGCUCUGCUCCAGCCAUGUUGAAUUCCAAAAUUGAACGAUUGGACAAGUCCUUGGGUAAAUGUAUUAUUGCAACACAAUCACACGAUGAAGCCCUCAAAGUGCUGCCAGAUUUCUUUGGUGACUUGCAUGGAAGUACAUUGUAUCGAAUCAAAACGUAA